AUGACGAUGAUGUCCACGUGCUUGGGAGUCACGGCGCUGCCGACUACGAGCGUGGACACCCUGACGCUGCCGCUCUGGAGCGCGAACACCAAGAAGUUGCCGCCCACGAGCGUGAACGCCGCGAAGAUGCUGGCCCACAGGCGCGAACACCCCGAAGAUGCCGCCGACCAGCGUGAACGCGCGAAGUUGCCUGCCAGCGAGCGCGGGAACCACGAAAUGGCCAUCCACGAGCGAGAGUACCGCGAGGCUGCGGCCAACGAGCGCGGUCACCACGAAGCGGUGCCCGAGUUUUUCGAGCGCGAAUCAACGAAGCUGCCGUCUACGAAAGUGAACACCACGAAGUGGUUUCAACCAGCGAGAAUGAGCACCACGAAAUGGCCUCCCAGCGAGCGCGAGCACCACAAAGUGGCCGCCCACGAGCGGGAUCUCGCAGCGUCCGCCGCCCACGAGCGCGAUCACGAGCGCGAUGACCACGAAGCGCGCCGCCGAGCUUGCACUUCGACGCUGCUACCUACGGGCGCGAAUGCCACGAAGCUGUCGCCGCCGAGUUCGAGCCCCGACGCCGCGGCCCACGAGCGCGAAGGACCACUUCCAAAGUUGAACGCCGCGGGGCUUCGGCCCGCGAGCGCGAACACCGCGAAGACGCCCCUGGCGAGCGCGAGCACCGCGAAGCUGCCGCCCCCGGGCACGACAACCUCGGGCCCGCGACCUCCAGACGCGAUGGCCGCGAAGCUGCUGUCGACCGGGCGGAACAGGACUGGCGGAACAGGACUGGUGGAACAGGAUCGUUCGGAACAGGACCUCGGCGGAAUAGCAUCGGCGCCCGCGGCCACGACGUCCAAGGCGCCGUCUACAAUGUCCGCAGUCACGGCGUCCAAGGCGCUAUUCACCAAGGUUCUCUUCGACCCCGCGGUCAUCGGCAUGUUUAUCGGCACGCACGGGCCCAAGGAGCAUGAGGGGAACGGAGAGGGGCGGCAGAAAAAGUAUGGCAUGGAGCGGGGCGUGAAGUUGGGCGAGGGAGGGCAGAAGGAGCAGGUGGACCGCGGCGGCCGGCGCGCCCUGGCGGCCAGGCAGGUGCGUGGCGUUCUCGGGCGCGCGGGCCUCGCGGAGGGCGACCUGGAGCGCGUCGCGGCGCUGGCGGGCAUCGGCCGUGACGGCACCUGCUCCUUCGGCCAGUUCGUGUCCGCCUUGCACCUCGCUCGCUCGGCGCGCGCAGGGGCGCCGCUGCCAGGCCCCGCCGAGGGCCUGCCAGAGGCCCUCGGCAGCUUCGCCGACGGCCUGCCGCGGGACCCCUCGGCGCUGGCGCUCGAGGGCCGCUCGCGGUCCGCCAGCCGCGCGCGUUCCCUGUCGGCGUUGCGCGCGGCGGGCAGCCCUGCGGCCUCGGGGGGCAGCCCUACGGCGGGCAGCCCUGCGGCGGGGAGCCUUGGCGGGCCGCGGCGGACGCCGUCGUUCGGCGUCGGCGCAGGUGGCCUCGGGCUGGACGACGGCGGCGGCGGGACUGCCGAUCACCACUGGGCGCCGACAGGUGGCCGCCGCGGCCCCGAGGAGGGACGCGGCCAGGGCGGCGCGCCCAGGCCGACAACCCGCAUGGGCAUGCCCGUGGAGCACCAGCCGGCGCUUGGGCACUCGGGCGUUGCCUCUGCGCUCGGCGCCGCCGCCGGACGGGAUGGCAUCUACGAGGCACGCCUGAGGGAGAUCCACGGCGUGGAGGAGUGGCGCCACCGCGAUCGGUGCACGAGGGGGACCCACGGCGCGGAGGAGCGACGCCGGCCGAUCCUGAAGGCGGCGGGGCUCGCGAGUGCCGCCGAGGAACCGCGCGGCCAGGGCGCGGGGCAGCCGGCAGGCCCCAACGGCCGGGAUUCCGCGGCGCGCUUCCUGAGGACCAUACCUCCGAACUUCCCGCUCCGCCCCGACAGGCCUCCGCGGAGCGGCCGCGCCAGCGCGGAGGCCUCGCAAGGCCUCCCCAGCGGCCCUCCAUCACAAGGGCCGCGGGAGGCAGAGCCACCCGCGGCUGCGGCGAGGGCGAAGGCCGAGCGCGCAGGCCUCGCUCUCGACGAGCCGCCUCCCGCAGCGGCCGCGCCGCCACGCACGAUUCCCAAGCCGAAGAGCCCAGCUCAACGCUCACGCCCGGAGGCCGAGCCCGCGGGCCCGGCCAUCGACGAGCCGCUGCCGUGCGCCGCAGCUGUUGCCGCGCCGCCGCGCACACCUUCGGAGUCGAGGCGCCUGGCGCAGUGCCUGGGCCCGGCAGCUGAGCCCGUGGGCCCAGCCAUCGACGAGCCGCUGCCGGGCGCCGCAGCUGCUGCCGCGCUGACGUGCACGCCUCCCGAGCCGAGGCGCCUGGCGCAGUGCCUGGGCCCAGAGGCCGAGCCUGCGGGCCCGGCCCUCGACGAGCCGCCCCUGCUGGGCGCCGCGGCCCCCGGUAGGGCGCCGCCUCGCGAGGCCCCCGAGCCCCGCGGGGCCACGCCGCCGCUGCCCCGGCUGCUCGGCAGGGCGCAGGCCAGCAGGAAAGCCCUCGCAGCGGAGCCGAUUGCAGCUGCCGGGCCUGGCGGUGUCCGCGCCUAGCGCUGCGCGUGUCGAUGAAGGGCCUG